AUGAGGCGCUCCUGGACAAGAGCCGACAUCCCGUCGGGGCACCACUUCCUACCGUCCGAUGAAGAGCUGAUCAAAUUCUAUCUGUUGCCAUGGUCAAAGGGUCUGCCGUUGCCAAUCAAAGACCUGAUUGUGGAGAGAGACGUUUACGGGGAGACGGCAGACCCACGGGUCGUUUUCGGAAACCCCGACGACCCCGGUUGGUAUGUAGCUGGAGACGAAGAUUUCAAGAAAGGGAAGAGAGUGAUGUACGUGCUAACCAAGCUAUUCAAGAUCAAGACUCGGUGUUCGAGACGGGCAGGAGGGGGCACGUGGAGCGGCCAGACAACCCCUCGAGAGAUUUACGACGACGAGAACGGCAAUCGGGUGAUCGGCCACAUGAGGAUGUUCUCGUUCGAGGUCGACGGUCGUCAGGCGAAGAAGGAAGGUGCAAAAGCCGGCCACUGGAUCAUGCAUGAGUACUCCCUGGCCUUGGAUUCAUUAACGGACGACGAGGUGAAGCACAAGGAUCAUGUGCUUUGUAAGAUCUCGUGGACCCGCCACGACCCGAGAGACGAGCACAGAGUAGUCCUUGAAGAUAAUGUUCACAAGAAGCAGAAGAAGGCAAUUGGCGAGCCGAGAGACGAGCACCGAGUAGUUCUUGAAGAAAAUGUUCACAAGAAGCAGAAGAAGGAAAUUGUCGAGCGGAGAGACGAGCACCGAGUAGUUCUUGAAGAAAAUGUUCACAAGAAGCAGAAGAAGGCAAUUGUCGAGCCGAGAGACGAGCACCGAGUAGUUCUUGGAGAAAAUGUUCACGAGAUACAGAAGAAGGCAAUUGGCGAGCCGAGAGACGAGCACCGAGUAGUUCUUGGAGAAAAUGUUCACGAGAUACAGAAGAAGGCAAUUGGUAUUGAUUAUCUUGACGCGAAUAGUAGUCUCCAGCCCAUGCUCCCGGAUUUCCCAGUCUCCAGCCCUUCAUGCGCCUUCGACUACGGUGACUAUGAGUUGACUCAGGAGGAUUUAACCAUACUCAACAAUUUUAUUUGGAGUACUUAG